AUGACGUCGAUGACGGGCGACGAGUCGGGCGCCGAGGAGCCAGAGAUCACGAUCAACGACAUCGCGGCCGCGUGCCCCGAACGCGUCAUCUCGUAUAUCGCCGAGCACGGCCUCGAGUACACCGGCGAGAUCGUGGCCAAGGACGCCGUGGUCCUCGGCGCGUUUCGCGACGGAAUGGGCCGACGUCGCGGCGUGCUGACGCUCCCCGGAGAGGACCGCGCCUUCCCGAAGCAGGAGUGGAAGGACCUGCUGAGAGCCAGGCAGCCGCUCGUCCGCGCCGGACACGCUGGCUGGAGCGCGCGCGUGCGGCUGCAGGCCUCGGUCGUCUCGCUCAAGGACGCGGCCGCGGAAGGGGACUUGGGCCUCCUGCAGCCGCUGCUGCGCCGCUGGCGGUCGAAGGCGUGCGGCGUGGAGGUGUUCUCGCUGCCGGCGGUGGAGGCGGUUAUUCAACACAAGUGGCUCGCGUUCGCGCGGUCCUACGCCCUCAUCCUCCUCUGGGUGUUCCUGGCCUGCUUCGCGUCGUUCAUCUGCUUCACCGUCUGCCUGCACGGCGAGGACGCCAAAACCCCCCUCCCGCGCCUCCUCGAGACCCCUCGCGGCCGCCUCGCCGUCCUCUCCGAGCUCUCCGCGCUCCUCUUCGCGGCGCCGCUCGCGUGGGCCGAGGUGCGGAGCGUCCGCAUCUACGGUAUCGAGAGUUACCUCACCGUGUGGAACAUCAUCGACGUCGGCACCUACGGCCUUCUGCCCGCCGUCUCCGCGCUGCACCUCAGCCGCGCCCCCGCGGCCGUCCUCACGCAGCUGAGCGCGGUGCUGUGCCUCCUGCUCUGGCUCAAGCUCCAGUACUUUCUGCGCGUCUUCCACGCCACGCGGGUCGCCCCCGUGGACCUGAUCAAGGGGGUGGUGUCUGGCGUCGGGUGGCUGCUCGCGAUGAUCAUGCUGACGAUGCUCGGGUUCGCGCACACGUUCUUCCUGCUGUUCCGGUCCGUGGACAGCGAAGAUUACGCGCCGACGUCGUCCGAGGACUUCACGACGCCGGCGCGGAGCGUGGUGUCGAGUUUCGGGAUGGCGAUGGGGGUGUUCGACGUGUCGACGUUCAUGGACACGCCCGGGGUCGCGCACGGCCCCGCGACGACGCUGUUUCUGGCCUACAUGCUCACCACCAUGGUCAUCCUGCUGCCGCUCGUCGUCGCGGCGAUGGUCUCCGUGUACGACAACGCGAAGAUCAAGGAGCACGCGCGUUUCCUGUGCUCCAAAGCGCUCCUCAUCUGCGAGAUCGAGGCCGCGCUCCCGCACACCGUCAAAGCGCGCUCCGACGCCUCCUGGUUCCCGCCCUACGUCCACGUGCUGCGCGUCGCGCACGAGCUCGCCAACCCUGCGCCCACGGACCCCACCGCCGCCGUCGCGGACCCAGGCCUGCCCCCGAAGCCCCUCAGCCUCGGGGAGCCGCUCCUCGCGCACCAGGUCGAGCAGCUCGGCGCAACGAUCGCACGGCAGCAGGGUGACCUUGCGGCCGAGAUCUCGCAGCUGCGACGGGACCUGCAGGAGGCGCUGGACGCGGGGAUGCGCGGGGGAAAGCAAGCCGCGGGCGGCGGCGUAGGGGGCACGGGGCGGUGGAGUCCCCGGGGGGGGAUCGGGAACGGUUUGGCGGGAGCGCCGUCGGGGGGGCGUAUGUCGUUCAGCGUGACGGGGACGAGGGACAAGCGGGACUACAUAUUGAUGAAGCUCGGGCUCGCGGGCGGCGGCGGGAGCUCGGAGUGGGGGGGCCUCGGGCUGUACGGGGGGAGUGCGGGGAGCAGCGUGGUGGGGGAGUCGGGCGGAGACACCCCCCCCGACAGCGACCUCGACGACAACGUCGACUCGAACGUCGACGCAGAGGCCGGCGAACCCACCACGCCUGCGUCGCGCGUCCGGCCGGUGGUGGCCUUCGCCGCCUCGGGUGAAGCGGAGCGCGUUGUCCCACAAACCGCGCCCCCGGCGCUCGCAGUCCGGCGGCCCAGCUCGACGGAUGCGCCGCGGGCGAUAUCGGGGGUGUCGGCGAUGCGCACGGUCGACGAGGACAGCGCGGAGGGGCGGACGGAGCGGUCGCGGCGGAACAGCGACCCCCCCGGGGAUGUGGGGGGUCUCAUGUCCCCUGGGCGCGUGGCGCGCGUGAUCCAGCAGCUGCGCGACCGCCGCCGGCCGUUCGUGUUCCCGCGCGACACGCUGUACCGCCGCGAGUCCGCGGAGUCUCCGGGGAAGGACGGAUAG